AUGCCUUCUCUUCGCCAGACGGAACCUUCAGAGUCUAACUCUCCACCAGCCUCUUCAGCUGGCCCUCUACCUGGCUUCACGAGUGUUUCCAAGAACUCUGCUGCUGCCACGCCUUCGCAAAGCCUAACCGAUGCCCUCAAUGACCUCGCCAAGUCUCGCUUGACCACGGGCGCCAUUAACACUCCCAACACCGCCCGGACUUACACUUCCACCUCUAGCAAUGACACAACUUCAUCUGAUAUGGCCGCUACCAUUCUCGCCUCAACUUUGCAGUCGCCAUGUUUCUACCAUCAACGAUUUGCUGAUGCUGUCGACAUCGGCAAGGUCCUCGAGGAAAUCAAGAAUGAUGUUUCCAUGUCACAUUCGCGUCUUGUCGCGACUGCAACUGGUGUCCGAGAGGUUUCAAAGCAGCUUCAGCGUCGUCCCAUCAAGCGUGCAGUCCGCAACAUCAUGAUUGUCACCAAGGCACGCGACAACCAGCUCGUCUACCUUACUCGCGAGCUUGCCGGCUGGCUUCUGCGAACCCCACGUUAUGGCUCCGACCUCGGCGUGAACGUCUACGUCGAUGCUAAGCUUCGCACCUCACGACGUUUCGACUCAUCUGGUCUCCUUGCCGAGAACCCGCGCUUCCAGCACAUGCUCAAGUACUGGACACCCGAUUUGUGCUGGAGUCAGCCUGAGAAGUUCGAUCUUGUCUUGACUCUUGGUGGCGAUGGUACCGUCCUCUUCACCUCAUGGCUCUUCCAGCGCAUUGUACCUCCUGUGCUCUCAUUCAGUCUGGGAAGUCUAGGUUUCAUGACCACAUUUGAGUUUGAGAAGUAUAAAGAACAUCUCAACAGAGUAAUGGGUGAUGAUGGCAUGAAGAUCAACCUCCGCAUGCGCUUCACGUGUACUGUUCAUCGCAGCAACCGUGGAGCCGGUGCCUUGGACGCACCCAAGCUUGAAGAACCUGAGCAAUUCGAGGUUCUUAACGAACUCGUCAUCGAUCGUGGUCCUUCCCCCUAUGUGUCCAACCUGGAGCUCUAUGGUGAUGAUGAACUCCUCACUGUUGUACAAGCAGAUGGUUGCAUCUUCUCCACCCCAACUGGCUCUACAGCAUAUUCUUUAUCUGCCGGUGGCGCUCUUGUUCACCCUGACAUUCCUGCCAUCCUUCUUACACCUAUCUGCCCUCACACCCUGUCGUUCCGACCCAUGGUUCUUUCUGAUACCAUGGCUCUUCGAGUUGUUGUUCCUCGGAAUUCUCGAGCCACUGCCUAUUGCGCUUUUGAUGGCAAGGGUCGACUCGAGCUGCGACAAGGUGACCACGUCACAAUCACUGCCUCUCAGUACCCCUUCCCUACUGUGACACGCACCGAUACAGAGUGGUUUGACAGCGUGAGCCGUACUCUUCGCUGGAACGUUAGAGCUUCCGCACAGAAGCCAUUCGAUGCCGACACCGGAGAUAGUUGCAACGAUGAUGACGAUAUCGGCUGGGACAUUGACACCGACAGUGCAUGCUACGCAAGUGAAGAUGGGAGUGUCAGUGCCAGCCCCAUCCGUCGGCAAAUGAGCCUUCUGGGUAUGUGA